ACUAAGACUUUUUAAAUUGUCAUUAACAAGGUCAAGCCGGCCCCGGUAGGGGAGUGACAACAGAUUCGCAUCAACGGCUCGUUUUGAUGACGGUAGUGGUCGACCUGUGGUCAUGAAAUCUUGAAUUAAAUUUUAUUAUGGUUGAGGUGCUUUGUACUUUCGCGAACUUUGAUAACUGAUCCGAAUCAUUUUUGCAAAAAAAAAAAAAAAAGCCUUUCGCUCAAUAAGAUGUUCGCCAAAGUUUCCUUUUUAGCUGUACCUUUCACGCCUCCGCCAUCGCAAGACGUUCCGUAGUUCCAUUAGCCCAAGUUUUCAACUUUGUCUGGGUCUUAAUCACUCGGUUGGCGCCAUUCAGAAUCCACGUAGUAUUUCGCCUGCAUGGAAUUGUCUUCCGUGUAAGUUUUGACGAUGCCGCGCCGUGGGCUGAUAGGAUAUUCGGACCGAGCGCCACGGCCGCGUUGCAGCAGAGGGAAGAUCCGUUUGGAAUCGGCAUCCUCUGCUCCCCACAUGACUUGGCGCCUCUCGCUCUCCAACAACUUCACACCCAUACGCUAUUUAUUCCCCUCGCCGUCGCCGGCCGGGCCAGCCACCAACGCCCGCCGGAGAAGAGGCAGAAGGUCCGCUGCAAUCUCGCGUAGCCAGACGUGUAUAGCCAAGGGCUCAGAAGUCAGGAGUAAAAAUCGACAAGCACAAGGAGGAGGGGCAAGGCAAAUGAGUGUCCAGAGGGGUAGAAACUCCCCAGGCAUCUUGGACGGGCUCUACGGCGUACAGAUUGUCCGUCGACCGCCACAGGCGCAGAGCGAAGGCGAAGCCGUCCGGACCAGCUUCACCGAUUCGCCGACUUGUGAACACCAAAAUGGCGGUAGAACGGUCGCACAACAACAUCAAAGAUUGCUGAUACGACGACUGUGGCAGCAAAGGCCCUCAUGCUUGAAGCCCAUCCACUGCAGCAUUACAUGUGACAAGCAUGCUGGUGAAACUUUUGCAAAUGUUGUCACCUCUCUGCCCUUCAUCGUCCUUGGACUGCAGACACCAAGGAAGAACUUGAACGCAGCCAUCUACGCCAACUCUCUGGUUGGAGUAGGGAUAGCUUCAGGUCUGUAUCAUUCUUCCCGAGGAGAAGUCAGGAAAAUCCUGCGAUGGGCCGACUAUACUAUGAUUGCCACCACUACAUUGUGUUUAUCCAGGGCGGUCAGGAAUGAGAACCCAGGACUACUGAUGGCAGCAUCAACGUUGUUGCUGCCGUUUCAGCCCUUCAUGGUUUCAGCUGUCCACACCGGGAUGAUGGAGGUUUCAUUUGCAAAGAGAGCAUCAGUUGAACCAGAGCUCAGAAUGGUACAUAACCUGCACAAGAUGUCAUCUCUUUUAGGAGGUGCGCUGUUUAUUGCCGACGAUUACUUCCCAGAGACACCCUAUAUCCAUGCUGCAUGGCAUCUUGCUGCUGCUAUUGGCAUUGGCACAUGCAAUAAGCUUCUCGGGUGACACUGGAACCAACCCU